AUGGCCGCCUCCAUUCAGCAGGCGGCUUUACUUUGCAACACGGAGGGGCUUGAAGAGAUGAUGGAAGAUGGCGACGAGACAAGUUCCCUUUUGAACCAUGACUUGGAUGAAGAAGAAGAAGAAGUAGUGGAUGGGAGGACAAGUGGAUCGUCGUUGCACGCACGUCUUCUCGGACCUGAGCUGCCAGUAGAGUCAGUGCACCUCAAGGGAGACAUGGGCCCGGAGAACGUUUGCGGAGAGGGCAACGGAAUUGUCGCUGCAGGGGGAGGUGAAGUGGGACGGCGAAGUUGGAGAUCAUUUAACCCUCGAUUACCGCCUCUGAGUGAGCCGCGGCGUUUUUGGCAGUUGGUGGUGGGUGCCCUGUGCUGUGUGGCCGUCUCAUCGUCAUAUACAUUUAAUCUUUACAAUGGACGGAUACAAUCCAAGUACAACUUUACACAGAGCCAAAUGACGACGAUUUCAACAAUUGGUGACAUAGUAGGAGUUCUCAUCUUGCCUUUGGGUGCCAUUUACGACCACUAUGGCGCGCAACCCAUUUUCCUUAUCGCAUUGGUGUUGUUUCCAUUAGGAGGCAUUUUCUUUGGUUUGACAUUUGCAAAUGCCAUUGAGGGCUCGAUGGCGGCAUUCUCGUUAUAUGUUUGCAUGCAGUCUCUGGGGAGUUCUUUGCUGGAUUUGGGCUCCGUGAUGACGAUGUUAUCUAUAUUUCCUGCUAACAAGGGGGCUGUUGUGGCUGUCAUGAAGACAUUUUGUGGGAUGGGCUCUGCCAUUCUUGGCGCCAUUCACUUGGCUUUUUUCCCAUCAGAAAAUGACAGUGACACAAGCAGCUUUUUUUAUUUUCUUUCCGUCUUGGCCAUGUUGGCUUCCUUUUUUGGCGUUGUGUUUGUGGAGGUUCCACCAUAUAUGAUCCGAGGGUGUGAAAAGCGCGUUCUUACGGAGGCCCAACGAAAAGAGCGAUAUCGUAUUAGGAGGCAGUUUUUGAGGCAGAAGGCCCCCACGACUCGUUUUGCCAUUGGUUUUACGAUUGUACUUAUUUUGGUUUUUUUCCUUCCUGUCCAAGGCGCCAUAUCGGCGUACAUGGAGCUGGACAAUUCCUACCACGUUACUUUUGCUUGCGUUUCCGUAGGCCUCUGCGCAUUUUACCCGAUGAUGGCUUUGCCGUGGAAGGUGCUUGAUCGGAAGUUGCCGUUGCCCCAUACGGGGAGUUUUUCAUUUGGAUCCGGCCGUGCGAGUCGACUUAGUCGCUUCAGUCUGUUGUCAAGGGGUACGAUGGACAGCACGGCGGCUAUAAGGGAACUUGACUACAUUGCUCCACAGUAUCAGACAACAUUAGUUCAAAAUUUACGGACCUUGCGAUUUUGGGCGUUGCUUUGGCUGCUCUUUGCCACAUCGGGGGCACAAAUCAUAAUAAUGGGGAAUAUGCGGUUUCUCUUUGGGGCGCUUGCAGGGAAGCCUCUGGGCGAAUCCUUUGUGGCCCUUUUGGUUGUGAUUACAGGCGUCGGUAGUGGUUUGGGCCGCAUUUUGCUGAGUGUGCUGGAGAUGAUGACACAAGGCCGAUCUGCGGAGGAGCGCACGCCCAUCACAUUUACUUUAUUUGUCCCCUCUGUGCUUUCAGUGGCAACCCUGCUGCUGCUGCUCAUCUUGCCGACGAAUGCACUUCCCCUACCCUGUUUUACCAUAGCCCUUGUCAAUGGAUCCGCGGCUGCCGCAAUCGUGAUUGUCUUGCGCACCAUCUUUGCGACAGAUGUUGCCAAACAUUAUAACGUUUGCUCCUUUGCAGGGAUCGCUGCAUCGCUUUUGAUGAAUCGUCUGGUAUACGGUGAAUGGUACACGCGAGAGGCGGAUAAACAGGGUGGCACCUUGUGCUAUGGUCGGCAAUGUGUUCUUAUGCCUAUAAUUUUUUCUUUGGUGACGAAUAUCUCGGGCGUAAUUGCUGCCAUGUAUAUACACUGGGACUACAGCAGUUAUUGCCGUAGAAUGCUUGAAAUGCGGGCACAGAGGCUUCCGAAUCGAGUGCCUCAUGUAGCAGAUAAUUCUAAUAGCAAUGUGGUUGAUAUCCAAUAUGAUGACGGGAAGGGUUCUUUGACAGAAGUGAAGACGGUGGUGGAAUCCCCAGUGGAAAAGUGA